GAAAGAAUAUUGCUGUUGUCACACAUGCACGCCCAGUUCUGUAAGCAAGAGUUUUUGAAAUUAACACAAAUGUUCCGUUGUUUCCUCGUGUUUUUUCAACGUGACGUUUACGAUGAAUAAAUGGCUGACAUCACAAUUUCGGAGAAUGAAGGGGACCUCCAGUCGCAAAUCGAAGAGGUUGAGGCACUUUCUGCCAUUUACGGCGAUGAGUGGUGUGUUAUUGAUGAAGCUUCCAGAAUCUUUUGCAUCAAAAUAUCCAGCAACUUGGAGGAACCAAAACUGACUGCGUGUUUACAGAUAAUUCUACCACCCGAUUAUCCAAGUGCGGCACCACCUAUCUAUCAGAUAAAUGCAGCAUGGUUGCGAGGUCUUGAGAGGAUGAAAUUAGCAAACAGCCUGGAGGACCUUUAUGUAGAGCAUACCGGAGAGAACAUCCUCUACCUUUGGGUUGAGAGAAUCCGGGAGUUCCUCGUGGAGAAAUCUCAAAGCACAGAAACAGUGGGACAACCAGAAAUGGUAAAUGUAACGACUGAGGAAGAUGUGGAUGAUGAAGAUAUUCCGGAUCUUAAUACUCUGAAACUGAACACCGAAAAUGUACAUCUCUUCAUGGAUCAUGACAGCGAUGAAGAGGUUCCUCCGGUAAAACAUGGAGAUACAAUCACAGACCGACGCAGUACCUUCCAGCCUCACUUAGCACCUGUUGUAACUCCCAGACAGGUCAAAAUGGUUCUGGAUAAGUUGUGUGAAAACAAGAAGAUUGCUAGUGCCACGCAUAAUAUUUAUGCAUACAGAAUUUAUUGUGAGGGCAAGCAGAGCUUCUUGCAAGACUGUGAAGAUGAUGGCGAGACAGCAGCAGGGGGAAGAUUGCUCCAUUUACUACAGAUUCUGGAUGUGCGUAAUGUCAUGGUGGUUGUGUCUCGCUGGUAUGGAGGUAUUCUGCUGGGUCCGGACCGCUUCAAACACAUCAAUAACUGUGCUAGAAACAUCCUGGUACAGGAAGGCUUCACCUCCUCUGCGGAUGAUGUAACCAAAUCAGGGGGGAAGAGCAAGAAAACAAAAGCCAAGAAGUCCAGAUGAUUCUGAGCAAAAGAGACAUUUAAUCAAAGGCAUUUGUACAAUGUUAUGUAAUACCUGAAAAUGAAGGUCCCGGGGGCUAUUUUGAAUUCCCACUUCGAUUUUGGAAUUGAUUUAUGUCAUACUAAAGGUUUUAAUCUCGUUUUGAAACAGCAGAUUUUAUUUAACAUUGUUUGGGUGUGAGAAGCCAUGCUGCCUUGUGUCCUGAUUAACAAAAUAAUGCCUUGAGAUUCGGUCAAAGAAACGAACUCUGACACCUGCAGGAGUCCAGUCCCCUUCUUUUGUAUACAGCAAUGCAUUUUUCAGAGAAUUAUAAACUCAAGAUGAUUGAAAAACACGAGAUCACCAUUACACUUAAAAAUGUAGGUUGAUCAUCAGAAGCAUUCUCUUUCAAACUGCAUUUGAUGCUUACUUUAGCUUGCUAGCAGUUAGCAGUUAAAUAUUGAUUAAAACAUCAGCCAUAAAUCUAUCUGGAAUGCCACCAAAAUAUACAGACAUUGCUGCCAUUGUCUAAGCCUAUUCCUGUCUCUUUCUUUCAUAUGUAUGUUCUGAGUGUGUGUAUGUGUGUGUAUGUGCAUGUGCGCGCGCACAUACACACUUCACAGAUAUAGUCCCUUUUCCCAUUGCAUUUGACAUCCACCUUGGUCCUGCUGAAAAUGCAGCUAUUCACACUUACCACGGCUCAGUGCAUUUCAAUCUUUCACAGCUCUGAUUGGCGUGGUUUUUCCUCGGAGGAUUGUUGUUGUCUAUAGUCUCAGUUUGGCUUCCACUACCACAGCACCUCUGAGAAGUUUGAAGUAGCCUACUUUUUGCAGUGGGAUGAAAAAUAAAAAUGAUCAUCCCAUCCAGGAUUUAAAUUUUACAACCCUGAUAACCAAUAGCAAGUACACUGUUCUCAUACAAGGCUGUGUUAAAUUAUCACAGAUGGUACGAAUUUGAAUGCUCAAUCAAUCAUCAAGACUUUAUUUGUAUUGCAUAGUAUAUAUAAGUGCACUUAACGUGAGAUUAGAUAAAAAACACUGAUUAUACAUAGAAAAAAAUACACGUGAUAUACACAAAAUAAGUAAAUAAAUAGAUCGUAAAAGGGGAAGCAUAUAGUA